UGUAACACCAUAUCUCCUUCUUCAUACUCAGUGCUUUGAUCUUUAGUUUUUGUUGUUCUUGAGAUUUCUUUGUUUCAUUGACAAUGUCUUGCUGUGGAGGAAACUGUGGGUGUGGAUCUUCAUGCAAGUGUGGCAGUGGAUGUGGAGGAUGCCAGAUGUAUCCUGGGUUGGCUGAGGAGAGGAGCACAACUAGUGUCACCAUGAUAGUUGGUGUUGCAGAAAAGAAUGGGAAAAAUGAGGAGUUUGAGAUGGUUGCUGGAGCUGAAAAUGGGGGUUGCAAGUGUGGGUCAAACUGCACCUGUGAUCCCUGCAACUGCAAAUGAGUUAUUAAAAGUCUUGGAAGGAAGAUGGAGAUCAUAAUAUAUUAUUAAUGAAUUAAUUAACUAUUAUGCUGAUGUUUUAAAUGGAAAUAAAGCCUGAAUGAGUACUACUGUUGUCUUGAUGGGAUUAUAUUGUAUUUGUAGUACUUGUUCUUAUGCCUGGAUAUGAAUUAUAGUUAUCUUCUUCAUCUCCCUCUUUA